UAGGAAUCCAUACCUACCUUCAGAGCGCAGUCAACAUGCAACACCCAACAGUCCAAGGAUGUCUGGUCUCGUUUCCUACCCCAGAGAUCCUGCUUCUCACACUCAACAGGCCCGAGAAGCGUAAUUCUAUACCGCUUGCUAUAAGCGCAGACAUCAUACGGCUAUGGGAAUGGUUCGAUGCAGAGCCUACAUUACGAGCCGCAAUCAUCACUGGUACAGGUGAAUCCUUCUGCUCUGGAGCCGAUCUUAAAGAAUGGAACGAACUCAAUGCCCGCGGCACCGUCAAUAAAAUGACCGCCCCCGGUCUCGCAGGCCUUCCCCGACGCCGAAGCGUGAAGCCCAUCAUUGCCGCCGUAAACGGAUACUGUCUAGGCGGCGGCUUCGAGAUGGCCGUCAAUUGUGACAUUGUGAUCGCGAGCGAGAAGGCGAGCUUCGGGCUGCCCGAGGUGCAGAGAGGGAUCGCCGCGGUGGCAGGCGCUCUGCCUCGGCUGGUUCGAUUGAUAGGCAAGCAGCGCGCCGCCGAAAUAGCGCUCAGUGGGCUGCCGUUCCCUGCAUCGCAGCUGGAGCGCUGGGGGUUGGUGAACCGGGUGGUGGAGCACGAUCAGCUGCUAGCCAGUGCGGUGGAAACAGCGAAAGCUAUUGCAAGAAACAGUCCGGACAGCCUGCGGGUUACAUUGGAAGGCUUGCAUUACGGGUGGGAGAUGGCCAGUGUGGAAGAGGCGAGUCCGCCCUGGUCGAUGAGUGGUAUCCCAAACUGA